GUGAGACAGACCCCGUUAUUGAAUAUUGAAUUGAAUAGUAGAGAAGAGAUCCUUGCAAAGUGCAAAUGCUUAUGAUAUUGAAUAUUGAAUAUUGAAUAAUAAUCAGUCUGGUCGUAUGGUGCUGCUUAUCAAUUCGUCUUCCAAUCUCAACCGCAUAUACUUUUCUUCUUCAAAAUUUCAUUCUAUUAUUAUAUAACAGAAAGCUGCUGCAAACAAUACAAUUUGAUAGUUAGAUAGAUAGAUAGAUAUAAAUUUUAAUCAUAAAGCUAGAAUAUGGGUACUGUGAUUGACUCCCAUUUUUUAGCCCUCACUGCCAUAAUCACCUUUGCCUAUCAACUUCUGUUUUUCAUCAUCACCGCUCUUCUCAAAUUCGACAAGGUCACUGAUUUUGCCGGAAGUACUAAUUUCGUAAUUAUCGCUGUAUUGACCUUUGUUAUCAAAGGCUCAUGGCAUUUUCGACAGAUAAUCCUCACUCUAUUUGUUGUACUAUGGGGUCUUCGCCUCGCCUUCUUUCUCUUACUCAGGAUUAUACAAUGGGGUGAGGAUAGACGCUUUGAUCAAAUGCGCAACAAUUUGGGUAAAUUGGCCAUCUUCUGGAUAUUUCAGGCUGUCUGGGUCUGGGCCGUCAGUUUACCUGUUACAGUCGUCAAUGCAACCGAUAGAAAUCCUUUUCUACAGUCUGUCGAUUUAAUCGGAUGGCUUAUGUGGGCUGUGGGUUUUAUGAUUGAAGGUACAGCUGAUCAACAAAAACUUAAUUUCAAAAGGUCCCCUGAAAAUAGAGGCAAGUGGUGCAAUGCUGGACUUUGGAAAUACACUCGACAUCCUAACUAUUUUGGUGAGAUAUUACUUUGGUGGGGAAUUUUUGUGGCAUCUACACCUAUACUGGAUAGGGCUGAAUGGCUGGUAAUCAUCGGACCAAUUUUUCUCACACUGUUGCUUCUUUUCAUCAGUGGCAUUCCACUGCUCGAGGAAUCAGCAGAUAAGAAGUUUGGCAAUGUGGAUGGAUAUAGGGUAUACAAACAAAGAACCAGCCCUUUGAUCCCAUUGCCACCAGCAGUCUAUGGAAAGUUACCUACAUGGUUUAAAUCAGUUUUCCUCUUUGAAUUUCCACUCUACAGUCGCAAUUUUCCACCAGAAGAACAGAUCUGGUAUAGAACAAGCAGUGGGAAAAGCGGCGAUGCCAUGAAAAUUGGGUAACACGGUUCUCUUGCACCGCACUGAAGUUAGAGUUGCCAUCAUUGACUGCUGCUGUUAGGAAUGUUCUUUGGGGUUUUUCCAAGGCCUUGUAAUGUUGUUGCAACUUGCAACUUUUCUUGUUUUUAUCCCUUUAAUUUGGUUGUUCUCUUGUCUUUGAUGUAUACGUUGUGUAGGUAACUAAACUAAUGGAUUGUCAUUUAUGUCAUUUUAAUUCUUCUACUGCAAUUAUCAUUUUGGACCUGCAUCGGCAGAUAUGUAA